ACUCGUUUUAAGACUUUUGCUUUGAAUAAAUCAGUAUGUUUUAAAACUUUAUUUUGGAUAAUCAAAUCGUUUAAUUAAUCAACUGGUUAUUUGAAAAUAAAACUAGUCACUCACGAUGAAGCUUGAAUAUUUAAUGCUGCUAGGAUUUAUUAUUUUAAAAGUGACAUUGAUCAGAGCAACUGUAUGGACUUUGAUACAUGAUGCUGUACAAAAUAAUAUUGCAGGAAUUCCAAUAGUUCAUCAGCACACAGAAUGGGAUUUUCAUCCAGACCAAGGCAAAGCUCGCCGCGAACAGUACGAAACUCUCAAUGGUCCAUUAGGCAAAGAUUUAAUAGAGAGAUUAGGCAACGGAAUGAAAUAUUUCACCGGGCCAUGGGGCAACAAAGUCUCCAAAGUGAAACCAGAUUUGCGUCACUCGUAAUUUAUUUAAUAAUUAAUUAAAUAAUAAUGAGUUGUUUAAAUUUUUAUUUAAAAAUCUAAUAAAUGUAUAAUUUAAAAUUUAUUUAAAGUCUUUGUUACAAAGUUCCUUAUAAUUUAUAAAGACACGUCUGUAGAU